AUGGCGCUUCAUCCAGGGCAAACCUUAUUCUCGCCGACCCUCUUCCAAGGCAAAUCUCCUCCAAAAACAGCUGCCAUCUUGCUUCAUGCCAACAAUAAUGGCAGUAUCGAUGAAUGAUCCAUCAAUCUUCCUAGCCCCUCGCGAAAUCUCCCUAUCGCCGAAAGACCCUUCCCCGUCCCCGGUAGCGCUAGCUCCGUCCUGAUGCGCAUGCCGCGGCUGCCCCUCCUCCUCAAGGUAGCCGCGGCGGCGGCUGCCGGGGCGCUGGCGCUCAUUGUCGCGGCGCGCCUCCGCAGGGAGGACGCCGUGGCCUCGCUCCGCCGGGAGAUCCGCGAGGCACUCACGGCACUUGUCGCAGACGACGAGGACAGCGACGACGCCGAGGAGAACUCUUCCUCCCCGCCGCCGCCGUCCGUGCUGAUCACGGGGUUCCGCGCCCACGGCAAGAGCUCGCUGGUCAACACGGCGUGCCGGGCGCUGGCGGCCGAGGACGGCCCUCUGCUGCUGCGGGCGGAGGCUUCACCGCCCGGCGGCGGGAGCGAAGGGCUGAGGAAGCUCCGGAUGGUCAAGGCCGUGGUGGCCGGGUCCGACGUCGACGGCGCGGGGGCGGGGGAGGGCGACGUGGUGGAGCUGCUGGACGCGCCGCCGCUCGCCGAGACCGGUAAGCUGACGAGGGAGGACAUCGACGCCGCCAUCAGCAGCGGGGACCCUGAGUGCGUUGUGUUCAUUCUGCGCUGCAACGCGCCCACCAAGGAACGGAACGCCGCCAUCAAGCGCCUCCCGGAGAUUUCUGCCGCCGUCAGAAACAAAGGGCUUAAUUUGAUCAUCGUGUUGACUUUUAAGAAGGCCAUGAGAUCCAUUAGGCAGGCUGAAGAGCUUCUACGGGAGGUGUCGUUCAGGGCCAGAACUGAUUGUGUCUACUUCAUCGAGAACUACACCUGGAGCAACAACGGCCCCAACCUCCACCAUCCCCCCGUCAUCAGGAACGACUUCGAGACUCAUUUCACGGUGCUGACAAUCAUUCGCCAGUGUCUUGAGUUCAUCAAGCUAAACAGGAGCCAGUCCAAGAGCAAGAAAAAGACGAACGGCGAGCAGGAAAAAGCACCCGAGCCUAAACUUAAGAAUAAUCCACCUGCAGAAACUAACAAACAGCGCCAGAAACUCAACGAGUCCAUUGUAAAACCUUUCCUCAGCAGUUCAGAAACUUGAAUCGCCCGGCUAUACGUAUGAUGUACUGAUCAGACUGAUGUAGACAUACUUGUAUAGCACUGAGGUAGUCUGACAAGCUGCGUAAAAUGUAACGAUCAUCCAUUCGUUUUGUGAAGAUACACGUCCUCUUUAUGUAUCAUAAAUCAAGAUGUGCUGCUGCCUUUUCUCGU